UUUCUGCCGCCGUCGCCGCCGUAGUUGUCCUCCCACUGUCGAAGAGACAAGACGACGACAGGGACUCCGCUAACCUCGACCGUUUGCCGAGCCAUAUGGCCACACAAGACGCCGUUCUUUCUUUCAACGUGGGGCCCACUACUCUUUAAAAAUUCCGCCGAAAAAGAGAAGACGAUUUUCUAAAACAUUCUGGCCGUUAUCUCACGGCUCCCCUGUCUCUGCACAGGUGUAUGAGCGCUAUCCAGAGGACCUAGGGGCGGCUCUUUACCGGGAGCACUUUGACUUCAACGCUGAGCCGCCUUGGGAUCCUAGCUGAUAGCGGGACAGGUCCGUCUCCCGACUUGUCCAUUUUGUUGCAUAACCGGCAGGACCCCCCCUUUGGCUCAGUCGUGACCCGCUCAACGCCGACUCUCGCUCACCUGUUCUUUAUGAUUUUUGGAUCGCUGGAAUACGGUUAAGAUGAAAGGACUCGCCGACCGACCUGUCGGUUACACUGUGGAGCUUCUGGGGGGUGGAGCUAGCCUUGAUGAUGUCAUCGACGAGCGCAUCUGCGAGCAGGCUCUGGCAGAGAAGAGCGCCUUCGUGGUGGGCGACCUGGGCGCUCUGAUGCGCCAGCACGCCCGUUGGCAGAGCGCCGUACCGCGACUGCAGCCGUACUUCCCGCUCCGUUGCAACCGCAGCCCGGCGGUCGUCGAGGUCCUCGCCUCGUUGGGUUUAGGUUUUGUCUGCGCCAGCAAGGCUGAAGUCAACCUGGCGCUGGAGCACGGAGUAGCGCCCGACAAUAUCAUCCUUUCGGGUAUCUGCAAGCAGCUCGCACUCAUCAAGGCCGCGGCCAAACAUGACGUGCAGCACCUCGUGUGCGACAAUGAGGCUGAGCUAACGAAGAUCGCGCGCUUCCACCCGCGUGCUAAGCUGUUGCUUCUGCUCAACACUGAAGCCCACGCGGCCGAGACCAGCCUGGCCUUGGGCGCGUCCCUGAAGAGCUGCCGCCGCCUUUUGGAAGCGGCCAAGGCUCUGGACAUGGAGGUCGUCGGCGUGUCCUUCCACGUACCGGCGACCUGCCCGGAGCCGCAACGGGCUUACGGGCACGCGCUGGCCGACGCCCGUUGUGUCUUCGACAUGGGGGCGGACCUGGGCUUCCACAUGAACAUCCUGGAUAUCGGCGGAGGAUUCAGCGGCUCGGACUUCCAACUCAAACAGGUGGAAUCCGCCAUCGUGCCGCUGCUGGACGCUUACUUCCCGUCGCUAUCCGGCGUUCACGUUCUGGCCCAGCCGGGCGCCUUCUACGCGGCUUCGGCCUUCAGCCUGGCGGUCAACGUGAUCGGCAAAGAAGCGGCGACCCGCCGCUGGGAUGGCUUAGCUUCAGGUGACAAAAGCGAGGACGCGGAGUUCCUGUACUACAUGAGCGAGGGUGUUUACGGGCCGUUUGGUGUCAAGCUCCUUGGGAACGCCGUGGCCGCGCCGACGGUGCAUAAGCACGCGCCGUGCACGGAUACGGCGGCGUACCCCAGUAGCUUGCGGGGUCCCACGCUGGACGAGCUGGACCUGGUGGUGGAGCGCUGCCUCCUGCCCGAGCUGAGCGUGGGCGACUGGCUGAUCUUUGCCAACAUGGGCGCCUGCGGCCUGGACGACAACGCCGGCGGCACGUGCGCCUCGCCACAGCCGCCCGUCUACUACGCCGCCGCCGCAUCGGACUGGUACGAAAUGCAGGAGGCGGGCGUGACGCUGGACGGCGCCAUCAAAACCUUCUCCUUCGUUUAGUCGCCCUCAAAUCGCCGCUAAGCAACAUUCCAGCCAGCCUUCGAUUACAAAAUAAUCCCCUGCCCUCUUUUUUUCUUUUUUUUUUCCCCCCGUCAUAUCAAAUCAAUCCUGCCCAAGUGAUGUUAUGCAACAAAAUGGACGACUCCGGAGAUGGAACCCCCCCCCCCCCCCCCCCCAACCGCCCGCCCACCACAACCACACUAACCGAGCAGCGGGGGAGGGGGUUGCAUUCAUUCUGAUCAGAUUAAUAACCCUUUUACAAAAAUUGCUAAUGCUCUAUCGUCUCUGUGUGUACGCGUAGACAACUUUGAAGAAUGGACGUACCUCAAAACCUAGCGUAGCUGAAAUGAAAUGAUUUUUUUUUUUGUAUUUAUUGGAAUAAUUUGUGGUUGAGGGCCACAACUUUUUCCUAUUAAUAAGAUAUUGAUGCGUUUGUCGGCUUCAUAUGUGCUGUGACUUGUCAUUCGUCACCUCCGAACGGCCGCAGAGUCCUCCGUUGACGGCGAUAGACGUCCAAUCCGUUUUGACUGGGAGGGUUGUUCAUUUGCCCCUACCAGUCGAAAUGAAUUGAACGUCUAGCACUGUCAAUGGCAGCCAAUGAGUUGCUAAAAAAAGCACUAAUGGACCACAAUCUGUUUUUUUGUUUGUUUGUUUUUUGACUGUAAAUUGUUUGUGAAGUAAUGAAAGUGAUUAAUUUAAUACAUUUCUGACUGAAAUCA